AUGCUCACAAAUUGCUUCAUUAAACUCACACGCUUUGUAGCAGCUCCGCACCAUACACGUGCUCUCUCCAUGCUGGAUCGCUUCACAUUGUCUCAUCAACCUAAAAGUGUUAGCGAUAUCUGGCGCUCGGUGGGUGCCGUUUGCUUUGAUGUCGACAGUACUGUGUGCGUCGAUGAGGGCAUUGACGUGCUUGCCGAGCAUUGCGGCGCCGGGAAGGCCGUCCAAGAGUGGACUGCCAAGGCCAUGAACGGAAACGUUAAAUUUGAAGAUGCACUUGCGGCACGACUGGAAAUUAUUAAACCAUCAAGACAAGACAUCCAGGACUGCUUGAAGCAGCACCCACCGAAGUUCACGCCGGGCGUUAAGACGCUCAUGGCAACGCUGAAGAAGAAGGGUAUUGCCGUCUUUUUCGUAUCGGGUGGCUUCCGCCUUAUGAUCGAGCCGGUCGCUGAGGAAGUAGGCAUCCCUCUUUACAACAUCUACGCCAACACCAUAUUCUUCGACGACGAUGGAAACUACAGCGGUUUUGAUGAUGCAGAGCUCACGUCGCGAGACGGUGGCAAGGCCCAGGCCAUUGAAGUUAUCAAGCGGAUUCACGGCUACAAGAAGAUUGCAAUGGUUGGCGAUGGUGUUACGGAUCUUCAGGCGCGUCCGCCUGCUGAUCUUUUUGUCGGUUUUGGUGGUAUUAUCACUCGCCAUGUCGUGAAGGAAGGUGCAGAUCUGUUUGUCACGGACUUCGACCAUCUGACCAAGUUGCUACAGUAG